AUGGCGACUGAACUCCCCACGACAAACGGCCACGGCGCACAGGAUGGCGAGAACAACUUCGCCGUCAAGGCUGGUCUGGCUCGCAUGUUGAAGGGUGGUGUUAUCAUGGACGUUGUCAACGCUGAGCAAGCGCGGAUAGCAGAGGAAGCCGGCGCCUGUGCCGUCAUGGCACUCGAGCGCGUGCCUGCAGACAUUCGCUCCCAGGGCGGCGUAGCACGCAUGAGCGACCCCAAGAUGAUCAAGGAGAUCAUGGACACUGUAACCAUUCCCGUCAUGGCCAAGGCGCGAAUUGGCCAUUUCGUAGAGUGCCAGAUCCUCGAAGCCCUAGGUGUAGACUACAUUGACGAAUCCGAAGUCCUCACUCCCGCCGACGCCAUUCACCACGUCUCCAAGCACCCCUUCCGCAUCCCCUUUGUGUGCGGAUGCCGCGGUCUCGGCGAAGCCCUCCGCCGUAUUGCCGAAGGCGCUGCCAUGAUACGCACCAAAGGCGAAGCCGGUACAGGCGACGUCAUCGAAGCCGUGCGCCAUAUGCGCACCGUAAACGCCGAAAUCGCAAAGGCAAAGGGCAUGUCGGACGAGGAACUGCGCGUCUACGCAAAGGACCUACAGGUCGACUACAGCCUGCUCAAGGAGACGGCCAAGCUGGGUAGACUGCCUGUUGUCAACUUUGCGGCGGGCGGCGUGGCGACGCCGGCUGAUGCUGCAUUGAUGAUGCAGUUGGGCUGUGAUGGUGUGUUUGUCGGCUCUGGCAUCUUCAAGUCGGGCGAUGCGGCCAAGAGGGCAAAGGCUAUUGUGCAGGCUGUUACCCACUUCAAUGACCCCAAGGUGCUGAUGGAGGUGUCGAUGGAUCUCGGUGAGGCCAUGGUCGGCAUCAACUGCGGUUCCAUGGGCGAGAGCGAGAAGCUUGCGAAGCGUGGGUGGUAA